AUGGUUGAUGCUUUCCGAUUUCUGAAUGAGGACAAGUCUAUGAUCUACAUCACAUGUGAGCUGAGAGUUACUGCAGCCUCCCAAGCCCCAGACUCAAUGAACAAAGCCUGUUCCUACAGAAAAUCUACAAGCAGCUGGUCUGCUUUGGAAGGUUCCAAUGACAUCUGCCAGUGCUGUGAUACAGGAACCUGCAGUGCCUCUUCUGGUCCACGCUGGUUUGGGGGAUCAUCUGGAAGAGAGAGGGGACACUGGAAAAGAGACAUUGGUGAGUUCAAGUGA